UUUUUUUCUUACCACGAAGAGCACUUAACCGUCUCGUGUAUUAAUAGAAUCAUGUCCUAGUUUUCAAAAGUUAACAACCACUGUACAGCGAUCCUUUAUUAAGGGUCAUUCUAAAUGAAUACUACAACGGACGCGCUGACUGGACAUGGCUGAAAUUAUAUUAAAGAAUUGGUAGGGUCACGGACUUGCAGCGAUUCACAUCCAGGCUACUAGGAUAGACCCAGGCAACUCGUUAGCACUGUGGCUACUCGGAUGUGUACUUCCCAAGGUCACAACAUCUGAUCGUUUACGGAAAUGGCCUUGUACUGAUUAAUAUGCAUUGAUACAGUCAAAGGAUAUAGAUCUAGGAUCACAAGUGACAAAGUAUAAAAGGCUGUCAUAAUGGGAAUUCGAAGCCGGCUGCCGGACGUUACAAUACCAGAUGUGGACUUGGCCAAGUUUGUCCUGGAUAAAAUAGACCAGUAUGAGGAGAGUGUGGCCCUGGUUGACUCACAGAGUGGGGCGAAAUACACGUUUGGUGACGUCAGGGACCACGUGCGUAGAAUUGGUAGCGCGCUCACUCGGCUGGGGUUCAAGAAGGGGGACGUGUUCUGCGUCUACAGCCCGAACGUUCCCGAGUUUGCCCUGAUAUUGCUCGGCGUUCUUGCCGUCGGAGGAACAGUCACUACCGCUAACCCACAGUACACGAAAGAUGAACUGAGCAAACAGAUGAAGAUCACACCUGUAAAAUACAUGGUGACGGUUCCGGAGUCUUCACAGAAAGCUCUACAAGCCGCUGCAGAAAACGAUAUCAAGUCAGUGUUCGUGUUUGGGCAUGCCCCAGGAUGUAAGCCAUUCCAUGACCUUCUUCGAGACGAUGGCCACGCCUUCCCUCAUGACGUCAUAAUCUCGCCGCAAGAUGUCGCUCUCCUCCCAUUCUCCAGCGGGACCACAGGUCUGCCAAAAGCUGUCAUGCUCACGCAUCAUAACAUCGUUGGGAACUUGAUGCAAAUGAGAGAGUUUUUAUACGCUGGGCGUCCUGGGGUUGACGGCUUUCUUGGUUUCCUUCCGUUCUUUCAUUUGUUUGGCUUGGCCAUCAUCCUCAUUGGUGCUCUGAAAUUUAGGUUGAAAGUAGUAUGCAUGAAGAAAUUCGAUUUCGAAGAGUUUCUGGCUUGUAUUGAAACCCACAAGAUCCGGUACCUUUUCGUGGUACCGCCCAUCGCCAUAUUGCUAGCCAAGCACCCUCUGGUGGACAGAUACGACCUCUCCAGCCUGGAGACCAUCAUGUCUGCCGCCGCUCCUCUCGGGAAGGAUAUUGAACAAAAAGUGGAGGCUCGUCUGAAAACCUGCAGCGUUACACAAGGCUACGGUUUGACGGAAACCAGUCCGGCAUGCUCUCUUCCCCCCUUAGACAGAAAGGCAAGAAGAUCUGGCUCCUCUGGGAUAUUGGUGGCCAAUACAGAGUGCAAGGUGGUGGACCCACAGACAGGCAAGGAACUGGGUCCCAACCAAGACGGCGAGCUCUGGUUCCGUGGAAGCCAUAUCUUCAAGGGGUACCUCAACAAUCCAGAAGCCACGGCGGCCGCCAUUGACAGCGACCGGUGGUUCCAUAGCGGUGAUAUUGGUCACUAUGACGACGACCAGUACAUUUACGUCAUUGACAGAAUUAAAGAAUUCAUCAAGUACAAAGGAUUUCAGGUAGCGCCUGCGGAACUUGAGGGUUUGCUGGUGACACACUCUGCCGUAGCGGACACUGCGGUAGUUGGGCGCCCUGAUGAAGACGCUGGAGAGCUGCCCAUGGCGUUCAUUGUGCUGAAACCUGGACACACCGCUACCGAGACGGAGAUAAUGGACUUUUUAGCAGCCAAAGUGGCUCCAUUCAAACGUCUUCGAGGCGGAGUUGAAAUCGUUCAGGAGAUCCCGAAGACCGCCAGCGGGAAGAUUCUGCGGCGAGUGUUGCGUGAAAAAUUGCGGCAGAGGGCUCAGGGCUCGAUGAAAUCUAAGUUGUGAGAUUGGCGUCUUCUGGGCCUGACAAAACUACAUACAUGUAGUUUGAGUUCUGGGAAUGGGGUUUUAGAUGGAACUUCAAUACUCAAUACUUUAUCACUAUCACCAUCAUCAGAGAAGUCAGCAUAAGGCGGUUACUAGUUAACAGCACAAGGCGAUACUUAAUUUACAUGCCAAUACUCAUAGAGGGCGCUAGGAUUCUCUGGUCAUUGUAACUGAAAGCUUUUUGGUCUUGUUAUAGUUCAGGUUAUAUAUCAUUGUAACUAAAAGCUACAAGUAUUUUAGCCAGAUUUUUGACCUCUUUAUAGUUCAGAUAUAUAUCAUUGUAAUUGAAAGCUACAAGUAUUUUAGCCAGUUUUUUUACCUCGUUAUAGUUCAGGUUGUAUAUCAUUGUAACUGAAAACUAAGUAUUUUAGCCAGCUUUUUGGCCUCAUUAUAUUGGCCACAUAUCCUGAUAUACAGGUACAUGCAUUUAUCAUAAUCACCUACUUACAAUUUUUUUUCUUUCUUUUAUACGCAUCUAGCAUAUACAUGUAUUUUCUUUUUGUUGCGUGAGCUCAAAUAUAAGGGACAAGUUGGUGAACAUUUUACAACCAUAUUUCAUACAUCUUAGUUGGAAAUUCGAAACGCCAACAUGUUGUGCUGCGAAAGCCGGUCAGUUUAAGCCCACUUUACACUGGACGGCGUCCUCUCCGCGUCCCGUAGCAUGGCCCUGUUUGAGAGUGAAAAAUAAUACUUUACGUGCCGACAACUGGCCUUUUAUUGAGCAUUC